CCAGGCGGGCAUCAUCCUUUAAAGAGCAAAGAAUUAUUGCUUUGAAAGCAAGGAGAUUAACCAGUUCCUAAAGCUCAGUCUAUCUCCCUAUUAUAAAACACUACAGGCUGUCUACUCUCAGCCAAUUGGAUGGAGGACAAGUUGGAUGAAUCAGAGGUCAAUUGGCUUGAGAGCAUGGAAGAAGAGCUCAUCAAGCAAGAUGUUCUCUUUGAAACAGAACUGGUCCCUCUCAUGGCUCCUCUAACCCCAACCGAACCUCAAUCAGAACUUCCUAAAGAAGAAUUAGUAAACUUGCUUGUCUCCAAGGUUUAUUCCGGCCCGACGAUAGGCGACGUCGAAAGCGCACUGAGCCUGAGCUGCAGCAGCAAAAAGCUAGGCAAUGGAGGCGGCGGCAACCAGCACAGGUCUAGAGUAAUAUCUGGGUUAGCAGAGAAGGGGUGGUCUAGUACUAAAAUGGAGAACAAGUAUAUACUCAGAAUAAGGACUUGUGUGGAUGGCGUUGCGGAUGAUGGAUAUAAAUGGAGAAAGUAUGGCCAGAAACUCAUCAAAAAUAGUCCAAAUACGAGGAGUUAUUACAGGUGCACGAACCCAAGGUGCAAUGCGAAGAAGCAGGUGGAAAAAUCAACAGAAGAUCCAAAUACAGUAAUGGUGACGUAUGAAGGUCUCCACCUCCACUACACAUACUCCCAUAUCCUCCUCUCCCAGAAGCAUGACAAGCAUGCAGCAAACUUAAAUGCAGUGAAGAAACCAAAGAUACAAGAAUCUGAAGGGCAGCAGCACAGGCAGCCUAUGGCACAUUUACCUCAGAGCCCUCAAAAGAGAGAACAAACACAACAGAAGAAAAUUUUGACGGCUGAAGAGAGCCGUCAAGAAUGCUUCUUGAAAGAUAUUUUGCUAGAAAAUCCAUCACUGAGAGAAAAAAGCGUGGAAAACGGACUUCUCACUGAUGCCCAGAGGACACAAGGAAUGUUGGAAGAUGUUGUGCCAUUGAUGGUGAGGAAGCCUUGCAGCUCAGACGCACCUUUAAAUGAUCCCUGCUAUUCUUCUCAAGAAUCUUCCCCUACACACGAUACCUCUCUACUCUUGUCACCUAGUAGCUCCCUAAUUGAUAUCGGUAUACUUUCAAGCAUUUGGUGAGGGACAAAAGUGUCAGGAAAACUCACAAUGCACAUUAUAGAUUAAAGAUCGGGAUUUGGAUGUUAGUUUCUACUAUGUAUAUAGUCCUCUAUUACAGGCAGUGCUUGCUUCAACAUAUGAUCCCUGGAGUGAUGAAAUUAAAUACAUAAGUAAUAAAGGAAAUUUUCAAGUAAAAUAUAAGAUUUUUUUUUUUUUUUUUUUUGGUGCAGUAGACCUCCUUUCUGCUAGAACAAACAUCCCGUUUUUUUCUCAAAUUAGAUAUCAUCAAGUUGAAGCAUCCAAAUAAGGUUUUGAAAAAAUACCAUGAAAACCAAAGGAAUCAUACAAAAAGUAAUAAAAUUAUUAGGCAGAAACCCCAACCUAAUUAGAAUUACCCAUUUUAAUAGCCA